UGUAUUUAUGAAGAUUCUCAUUUUGAAAUGCAACAGUAAGUUUAUAUGUCAUUCUUAAUAUAUACUAUGAGAACUGCAUUAAAAUUAAAUCUGAGAUAUACUAAAAAGUAUAUUUUUUAGUGUUUGUGCUACAUGCAUUCUAACCUAGAUUCUUUUUUUUUUCCAGCAGUGAUUUUGAAAAGCAACUCCAAGAAACAUCUGUUUUCCAAAUGACAAAUAAUGUGGUUAUAGACAGAGUAUCACUGCCUGGUUAUGAAAAUUGUGAAACUACUUUGACUAUUUUACAAGAUCAGCUGGUGACAGAAACUGAGAAAACGAUCCUUCAGAGUGCAUCUACAAAUGCAUAUUUAACAGUUGCUGUAGGAGAAAAUAGCCAGUCAAGUGAUCCUUAUCACCAGUACAUCAAUAUUUUGGAAGUGACUGAAGAUGAUGACAUAGAAGGGCCCAUUGUCUUCAAUGACAGCUCUCAUGAUUCAUCGGGCGAUAGUUUUCUUCUUAAAGACAUUCUUCAAAAUUUGCCUGAUGUAAUUAGUGAAGAAGAAAGCAGCAUUUUUAACAUUAACAGAUCUUCACUGUGGGAGGGAGCAGUAUGUGGAUUUAAGAGAAAUAUGUAUUCUCCUAACAAACGUAUGUCCAUUAAGUUUACUGAUGAUGUUGGCCAUUCAGAAGGCGCUGUUGACAUUGGAGGACCUCGCAGAGAAUUCCUGAGACUUUUGAUGAGAUAUCUCCAAUCUAGUUCUCUCUUUAUGGGGCCAGAACAUAAAAAAUACUUAGCAGUCAAUAGUGUUUUUUUAUAUUGUUAUUAUUUAUGUUAG